AUGGCUAGCGAGCAAGCAAUGUCAUGCACUGAACAAGAAAGGCUCCUGUGUUAUAAUGGGGAAGUCCUCGUUUUUCAUUUGUCUAAAGGCAGUUUUGCAGAUAAAUGUGCGACAGCAUCCAUAUUACAUGUCAGAAGGAUGGGAUUUGACAGAGGAAGAGAAACAUUUGUUUUGAAGUCCACUGGAUGCUUCAACUUAAAGGAAGAAAAUUCUAAUUUAAAAAUUGUGUGUUGCAACUGUGUUUCAGAUUUCAGAACUAGAAUGAACUUCCCUUAUGUUUUGAUACAAAGCAAUGAAAAUAAUAAGGUUUUUAAGUAUUUUGUUCUAUUUCUUCAUAGUACCAAUAAAUUUGAAAGGAGCCUAAGUUUUGAACUAGACUAUGAGUUGAAAGACAGUAUAAGGGUCCUCAAUGGCCCUUUAGUUUUAUGGCAACAUAGUAACACAUUCUUCUGUAUCUCUUCACAAAUUGGCAAAGUUGUUAGUGUGUCAGUUAACUUUUCCUCUGUUAAGUGGGCAGGUGAGAUUGAAAAUUUAGGUACAGUUUUAUUGGGACUAACAGAUUAUUGUUUAUCUGAAGAGGAACUCACUCAGAAGCCUUCAGAAUCAUAUUAUGCAAUCUGGAAUACCAAAUUUUGUGUUUACUCUCUUGAAAAUCAAGAAAUAUUAAGUAAUACAUACAUUAUACCUGCAGCUUAUAGCAGUGUGGUAACUUGUGUGCACGUUUGUUCAGCUGAGGUCAUCGCCAACCAGUUAAGAAUGACUCUGAUUGUCCUUACUCAAAAGAAUCAGCUGAUUUCAUUCCAGAAUGGGACUCCUAAAAGUGUUUGCCAGCUUCCAUUUGAAGAUCCUUGUUCAGUUCAACUUUUAGAUUCAGGUGAAGGAAACCACUUUUUCGUUGUAUCAUUUAGGUCCAGUAAUGCUUGUGCUAUUUGGAAAAAGAACUUUCAGGUUGCUGCUAAGUGGGAAAAACUUAGCUCACUACUUAUAGAUGACUUUAUUGGGAGUGGAAAUGAACAAGUACUUCUCCUUUUUCAAGAUUCCUUGAAUGCAGACUGCCUGGCUUCAUUUAAAAUAACAGAUCUUGGCAAAAUGAACUAUUCAAGUGAACCUUUGGAUUGUAAUAAAGAUGAUUUAUUUGUAAGCCAAGAAGAAAAUUGUCACUUGGUUGUUCCACCUCUGGAAAGAAGAAUAAAAGUUGGUUUGGUUUCUAUUCAAGAAUUACAGAAGGAACUAUUGCUUAAGGAAAAAAUUCUUUCAAAAUCUUGGAAAGCUUUAAUGAAUUCGAUUCAAGGAAAACAUUAUAGUACAUCAAGUGCAGAGGAGAAAGAUUGUCUUGUUGCUUUUUGUGGUGAAGAAGAAAGUAGUGUCCAUACCUUUGAAGAAAAGUUACCAGAAAAUUAUCAAAGUUCAGAACAGCUAGUAGAGAAGAUCUGGUAUCGUGUAAUGGAUGAUAACUUAGUUGUUGGCGUGAAAACUACAUCUUCUUUGAAGCUGUCCCUGAAUGCUAUGACUUUAUUGCUGUUAAUGGAUCAAGGCUUUAACUCCAGUGUUCAGGUUAUAAAGUGUCAAAAUAAGGUGAUUAGCUUGAGUACGGGUUCUUUCUCAGCACCAGACUUGAUACCACAUGAAAUAGGAUCAAAGGCAAAAAAGAUCAAGUUGAACUCUGAUGGAACGGAAGAAGAAAGCUUUGUUUAUCAACAGCCAUCUAAGAAGAAGGAGUCUGUUCAGAUAAUUACUGGUAUAACAUCGCUAUCACCACUUUUAGCAUCUAAUAAACUUUGUUGCAUUGUGCUGCUACAAAUUAGGGAAAGAGAAAAUAAUAAUUAUUCUAAAGAUCGUUGUAUUCCAUGUGGCAGACUUUCUUUAAGUUUAGAAGAUCUUUCAAGUGGGAAAUAUCUGCUGACAUUCCCAGAGGACAAACCCCUAGAACACGUGGAAGAUCUAUCUGCGUAUCUUGCAGCAUUGCAGAAAUCUUGUUUUCAAAUCAUAUCACAUGGAUAUACCCUAAAUUCAAUGUUGGUGUGGCUCACAGAACACAUGAAAGGUGAAGUAAUCAAAGAAUUUCCAGAAAUGUGCCUUUGUAAAAGGCCAGGUAGCUUCCAUGGGACACUCUUCACCUGGAAACAAAGAACACCAUUUGAUGGGAUUUUAACAGUCUAUUACAGGAAUCAUACAGUUUUGUUCCAGUACCUUCAUAAUCUCAUCAGAGUUCUUCCUAUAAAUUGUUUCUUGAAAAAUCUAAAAUUAGGAAGUGAAGAUUUCUCAACUGAUCAUUUGGCAUUGACUUUGGAGAAGGAACUGGCUACCUUUAGUUCUCUUUCUUCUUCUGUAUUAGCUCAGGUUAAAAGCAACUUUGUGGAGAGCUCUGAAGUAAGCAAAGGAAACAGUAGUGCCACGACUGCUUUAUCAGAUGACACAGAGAAAAUCCAUCUGUACAGAAGAGAAGUUCAGACAGAAAAAGAAAAACUCUUAGGAAUGAACCUAAAAGUGAGUGGUGCUCUUUAUAGAGAGAUAAGUUUGAAAUUAGCUGAGAUUCAGUUAAAAUCUGACCUUAUUGUACAAAAACUUUCCAGUUUUUAAUUAUAGUUUAUGUAUGAUUUUAUUUUAAAGUAAGUUUUCACUAGCACAAAUUUUAGUUCUA